UGAACUUUGUUCAGCAACAGUAAUGUCUGGAACCGGCUCGGCACAAAGCAACGAGCCAGUGAACAAUAAUGAUCAAAAGCGAGCUGAUCCAGGCAGGCGGGUGGUUUAUGUGAGCCGGGCCGAGUCGUUCAGUGCGUGCCACAGGUUGCACAGUCCUUCUCUUAGUGAUGCUGAGAACAAGACUCUGUUUGGAAAGUGCAAUAACCCCAAUGGUCAUGGCCAUAACUACAGAGUUGAAAUCAUUCUGAAAGGCGAGGUUGACCCAGUAACAGGCAUGGUGCUGAAUUUGACAGACUUGAAGCAAUAUAUGAAGAAGGCAAUCAUGGAUCCCCUGGACCACAAAAACAUUGACAAGGACGUGCCUUACUUCCAGAACGUCGUCAGCACCGCCGAAAACAUUGCCGUGUUCAUCUGGGACCAAGUCCGAAAGGAGCUUCCAAACCCAGGCCUUCUCUACGAGGUGAAACUCCACGAAACGAACAACAACAUUGUGUACUACAGGGGGGAUUGGUCCGAUUAGGAGAGUUAUCAACAAUCAGGAAAUUGAUGAGGUUCACUUUAGUAUUCAGUUGAACAAAGAAUGUUGACUGGCCGUGCAAGGUGACUGUAAAGCUGUUAAAAUAAUGAUGGUUGGAAGCCGUGAAGGCAUUGGCUUAUGAUCACUUUAAUUUAGGAGUCACAAUGCUAGAGAUAAUUUAGAAGUCACAAUGCUAGAGACAUUACAUUUAGCAGUGCAGCAAAUCUGGGAAAGAGAGUUGAGGAUCACCCACAGAAGAUACAGCUUUUUGUUCCAAAAUGUUAAUGUUAUGUCAACAAAUAUUUUGAGCACAUAAUGAGCAAAGACAUUGAUAAAUUGGGAUUGUGCCAAUAGAGCACUGGAUAGCUCAGUUGGAAGAGUGCCAAAUACAAUAUUCCAAAAGUUGCAUUUGGCUUUUAUGAAAGUAAUCAAAAAGCGCCAUCUUUUGUUCAUGUAUGGCGUCAAUUGGUUCAACCGAUAAAAGUUAGUUUCGAAAUGUUAACAUUACUUGCCUUGUUAGUCUGGUGAGGGUUUGAGGGUGAUAGUUAUAGACUGUGUAAGUGUUAUGUGAAGAGAGGUUUCAAGACCUGAAUUAUGUCUUCUUUGAACAGGGUUGUGUGCAUAUGGAUUGCCAAACUGACACUCCCUGUGUUUGUAUUAUAUAGAUCUUUAUCUUUAUUAUUUAUUCAUAAAUACUUCAGACAGUUUAGCCAUUCCUAUUGGUCAAGAGCCCGUCAUGUGGCUGGUCUUAAACGGAUGAUAAAGACAUGGCUAGCUGGUCUUA